AUGGAUGCCUUCACACCUCAACAGACAGUCGAGCUGGUAAGCCGGAUAGGCACCAAGAAAGCACACAUGCGCCUCGACAAACUCUUCUUCAAUUCAGUCAUGGCAGGGCCGCUUCUUGGGUUCGGCUGUGCAGUCAUGCUGAGCACCGAAACCGCGCCCUGGUAUCAAGAGUAUGCCCCGGGCCUGAUCCGAUCAGUGGGAGCUCUCCUCUUCCCCAUCGGCCUCGUCAUGAUUGUCCUAACGGGCGCCGACCUCUUCACCUCAAACAUAAUGUUCAUGACAACCGCCUUCCUCCACCGCCGCGUCUCCAUCAAAGACGUCCUGAUCUCUUGGGUCGUUUCCUACUUCGGCAACCUGGCCGGCAUGCUCUUCUUUAUGGCGAUCAUCAUCGGUUACGGAGGCGUUCUUACGGAUAUCCCAGCGUACAAAACCGAAACGAUCAAUUUCUCGGUCAUGAAAGCCGUUACGCCUGGUUGGCAUCAGAUCUUCCUGAGAGCCAUUGGAGCGAAUUGGUUGGUAUGCAUGGCGGUCUUUUUGAGCAUUAGCGCGAGGGAUAUCGGGGGCAAGAUUGCGGCGAUCUGGUUCCCUACUGCUACGUUCGUUGCGCUGGCUUUGGACCAUGUUAUUGCGAAUAUGUUUUUCAUUCCUAUUGGUAUCUGGAAUGGAGCGCCGUUUGGGGUGGGGUACUAUAUCUGGAAGAGCCUGAUCCCGACGACUAUUGGAAAUAUGCUCGGUGGGGGAGUUUUCGUGGGUGGGAUUUAUUGGUAUUUGUAUCUGACAGGAGAGGAUGUGGAGGUUAGUUUUGAUCUUGGUGGCUUAGGCAGCGCGAUGGAGGCUGGUGGUCCGAUGGGGAGAACUACGAGGUCGGAUGUUAUUAAUGGUGUACCGAGUCGUGGUGAGGAGGGCGACGAGGUUAAGAUCGCCGCUCCGGGGAUGGGAGGCCAUAUGGUGGGCGACCAUUUGCCGCAUAGUGGAGGUCCGUUGCAGAGCUCUGUUGGUAAGGAGUUGAGUGCAGAAAAGUAUGGGAAGAGGAAGGGCAGUGAUGAGAGCGAGAAGACCGCGGUUUAAUCUUACUGUUCGGGACUAUUAGAGCGGUCUCUUUGACGGUAGAUUGUAC